UUAACAGCCUUCCAGUGUAAAAGCCAAGCGUCAGGCUUUGGUGUCUACCACUUGUGCAAAAACCUAGCUUCUACACUGCAGGACAGCAGGUCCAGAUCGUGUGUCUCUCAAGUUCUCUUGCACCAUUUCAAUGUAUGUAUAUGAGAGAGAGAGAGAGAGGGAGAGAGAUAUUAAUGAGGGUUUAUCGGCUUCAUAACAACGAGACUGAUUAAUUACCAACAAUAUCAGUUCCUGGACAACCGCGUUUUCUGCUUACAGACCAUUGUGACAUUUUCGGUUUGCUAGCCAAUUGCAAUCUUUGAACGAAGAGAGAAAUACGAAUAUAAUGUAGGACAGAGAAAAAAAAAUAGAAAAGUUUAAGGCAUGAUUCUAAAGAAUGAUGAAGGAUAAGUACGAAAUAGACAAAGGUUGUUCUUCGUAAGAAAGUAAGAGGAAGAAGUGACGUGUGCAUUUAUAUUGUUGAAAGUGAAAAUAUGCUGAACUUCCAGGUCAUUUAAGUCAGGACUGGCCGGUGCUCAAGCUCCAGAAAAGCUGACUUUUGUCAAAUGAUUCACUUUUCCAACCUUGAUUACAGUCAAAGAUCAAUGUCAACUUCCUUCACAUGCGACAGUUAACUUGUGGCUAAGACUGAAAAGAAAAACACAAAAUGACCCACUCACCCAAUUGCCCUACCUACCUAGUAAUUUCCUUGAGGUCAUCGUACCCGGGUACAACUGGAACAAAGUUGUGAGUCUGUGGCCAACUGUGUGAACUCUUCAGUAACACUUGGAGGACGAUGCUUGUCUUAUCUGUUCUAGAACUUUCACCGGAGGAAAACUUUCCAGCUUCGCGAUAACACACCUGUCGUGUUCACACCCAGUCCCGAACACACUGGAGGAUAAAAAAAUGAAAAAAGAAUAAAGUAACCUUCCCCACAACUCAGGGUUAUGAGAACCUGCUCCACAUUGUAGACCGUCCUCAGGGUACCUUAAAAAUCCUGGCUAGCUAACACUAGAGAACAGUUUGGGCAUGCCAUGAUUAUCGUUACUAAUGACAGACCCGGGUAGCCAGCAUUUUCAGCCAUUUGUUCUGUCCACCUUUCUCUCUCUCUCCCCGCAACGACCAGUAACGGUAGACGAGCUGCAGGUGAGUCGGAGUCACUGAAUGAAUGAAUGGAGGAAAAGCGUUGAAAGCGGAAAUACAUCUUUGUAAGGUUUCAUAUUAUUUUUAUUAGGACCGAGGUAUGAAUCAUUUUAACACGACAGCUGAUUAAUUCUUCUUCACGGCCGCCAUUUGCCUUGUUACAGGAACCCGUCCUCUCUCUUCCUGCCAUUACGGAUCGCGGCAAUUUGAGUGGCUACUGUUCGUUUCCCACAGCUGGCGUUUUUCGCUUUAUGAAGGGCACAAGGACUGGAAAGAUGAAACACUUGUUCAUGGAAUGUUCGUGUGGCGAGGACAGGAAAGGACCGGAAGUCAGGGCACAGGCGAGGUCACAGCCAGUCACAGACCAUUGACGCCAGUCCCACUGUUAGUCCGGGAAACGGUGUCCAACCUCCACAGCGGAGAAGUCGUUGCCCAGGAAACCAAAGGGAGACCAUUCUACUGUUGUACGAGGCCUGGUCGGUAGACAAAUCGCUUCCUGUCGAGUCGUCAAUGGCCGCAGACGUCGCCUGCCGUCUGAGCAGUCCCUGGCGCUAUUUUGCGUAACUGUAGACGGAAUAUUUCUUGUACUGUCAACACCAUAGCAGCCUGCAGCCAACAGGUCGCCACCUUGUCACCCAACACUUGCUUCAUCAGGUCACGUGACGUCCACAGUGUGUCAUGCUAAACCGUGAAAGGUCUUCUGUAGGCUGCAGGAAGAAGGGAAUUGUCCCGGAGAACCCAUUCUUCUGGAUCAGCACUCAAUGUGUCUAGCACAUGAAGGCAAAAAUAUAUUUGGUUUUGUGGGAUGUGGCAGAACUUAUAAUGACGCUUGAUGAACAUCAGCUUAUAAAGGGCCAGUCCUGUGUUUCAGGACAACUAUUGAUUACCACUCAAUUCCAUUUAAGCCUCCCAGCAUGCCGUUCUCCUCGAAGAAUCGCCGUGUGAAGGGGAAGCCAGGCGUGUUUUCACUAAGUAAGGUUUAAGAUGCCAACAGCGACUAGCAGAUGUUUGCAUUAGCAUGGACAUCGCGUGAAGGUGUCAUCGUCACAUCGGUCUCAUGAACCCACGUUUGAACCCCCGUGGUUAGCGGGGUCUGAGAGUUCCGAGGCACAGCGACCCCCCUGGGCGGCAGUAUGUUAAGACUGGAGUUCAAUGCCUCCUUGCAUAACGUGUCCAGCCUGCAGUUGGCCGACCUGCCCUUCCUGAUGCCGCAUCCAUUCCUAGGCAGCUUCCACGAGCACUACACCAACGUCCACUGCUACACCAGCUUGGUGGUGUGUGUGCCCGGCAUCGUCAGCAAUGUCAUCAUCAUCUGCAUCCUCAUGCGCAAGGACAUGCGCAGUCCCACCAACCUGCUGCUGUCCUGGCUGGCUGUGUCUGGACGUGCUGACCAUGGUGCCCUACAUCCCCUUCGCCGCCAACUUCUAUUGCCCUCCGGUCACGCCGGUCGAGGCUCCCGAGCGCUUCACCAUCGGCUGGGUGACCUUCCUGCUGAUGAUGCUCAACACCACCAGCAUCACACACACCAUCUCCGUGUGGCUGGGCGUGUCUUUGGCGGCCUUUAGGCUCAUCCACAUUCGUUUUCCAGCAAGAGGUCACGUGGCCAAGGAAAAACGAUUUCGCCAGGUCCAGGUGGUCAUCGUGAUGGUGAUCAUCGGGUGCGUGGUGUCCCUCAUCCCCAACUUCACUGCCAACCGGGUGGAGGCGCUCGGAACUAUCGGCAACGUCACCGUCUACCGCAUCGCCGGCAGCACUGGCGACGGGUACGAGGAGAGCGCAAUGGAUGGAGAAGCUGGACAAGGGUUGCUAUCCUUGAAGGACACCAUCCUCCACUACAGCAUCGUGGCCAAGCUGCUGCCCUGCGGGUUGAUGCUGGGCGCCACCUGCCUCCUCUUUUAUCACGUGACCAUCGCAGGUCUCAAGAGGCGGCGGCGUCUGAUGACCUUCUCUGCCGGUCCACAGUCCCUGUCGAUGAGCAGACGAGCCAGCCAGCAGGCCCAGACCACGUGGCUGCUAGUGACAGUCCUUCUUCUCUUCCUCAUCACGGAGCUGCCGCAUGGAGUGCUUCUGAUGAUGAGCGUCAGAGUGACUGGCUUCUAUCAGACCGUGUACUACCCUCUCUCGGACUUCUUUGACUUCCUCGCCCUCGUCAACAACGGCAUCAACUUUCUGUUGUACUGCACCAUGAGCCAGCAGUUUCGAAGUAAAGUGGCGGAAUUCUUCCCGUGCAAGCGGUCUGCUUUAAGUUCCGGCGCAGAACGAAGGGCUGUAACAUCAUCAGUGUGAUUUCUUUCUGGAGGCCUGCAGGACGCCUUAAAAUUGCUUCAAGGAAUGGGGAAUGUCUUGUGUUUUUUUUUCUCCAGAAAACAGGCUACAAAACGAGUCUCUUUUUUUGGGCAAGGAAACAAUUUUCGCUUGAGUGUUUUGUUUUCAAGGCGCUGAAGGAUAUCCCCACCAAAACUAAAGUGUCAUGUGUUUGUAUGAAGAGAAACAGUUCAACAUCUCUACAUAUCAACCACAGUCAUAUUCGCUGUGCGUCUGAAGGCCUUGUUUGUUUAUCAUAUAACUUGUAUGCUUGAUGCUUGUAAACCGUCUGGAGACUGGUGACCUUUUAUAAAAUAGGUAUGCACUCUUUGACUGCAAUCUUGUUAGAAUUCUCUCUGUGUUCCAACAUCACACAAAAUGGACACAAAUCAGAGGUAACGAGACAAAGCCAGUUUUCACUUCAUUAAAAAAAAUUACCAUUGUCGUAGUGUCCACGAUAUACUAAGUUCAGAAAGUCUAAUAGCAGUUCACAUCUUUCGUGAGGAUUUUUUUUUUUUUGGUAAAAUAAAACCACCAUAUAUGAUGACAGUUUAUUUUUGACUGAAAUAAUUAGACGACUGGUGUCUUGCAGGUAAAAAAAAUUAUUAAAGAGAGCGCC